AUGGCAUCAAUCGACCCCCAAGACGCAAACUUCGCCGACGACGAAGAAACCCUCACACCGCUCGAACAAGAAGUAUUGGAUGAAUACGCUCGAUUACUCGAGAACUUGAAUACCAUGUCCUCCCUGCUCCUCACGCUCUCCAACAACCCCAGCGCCAUAAUCCUCGACGGCCUCCGCGGCCUCGAACGCAAGACAUCCUUGGUAUUCACGCUGUUGAAGGCGAGUGUGUAUAGUAUCGUUUUGAACCAGCAGAUUGAGACGGAUGGCGGGGAGGGGGGGCUUGGGGAGGAAGGAGGGGAGGAUGAUAUGUAA